AUGUUAAUUAGUUAGUCCUUACAUUAAUUGAAUAAGGAUAAAGAAUAGAGAGAUUAUAAUUAAAAUCUGAAUAAAAGGUAUAUAAAUAAAAUACAAUAGUAGAACAAGUUAAGAAUUGAUGAAAGGAUAAACCAAUUCUAAAAAUUGUUAAUUGAAACCUUCUUUUUUUUAAAUGUCCCCUCUAACCAAAUGA